AUGAUCACCACUCUGCUGCUCGCAGCAGCCGGUCUCGCCCAGGUGGCGACCGCCGGCGACGCCGACCAGCAACCCCACCUCCUCACCAAUGGACCCGGCCAGUCCGCGGCCAUUCCCCGCUGGGACAUCCAGUCCACUGCAAAAGUCGGCACCGACCUCGGCAAGCUCAGCACGACGGGCGUCGACACGGCCAACUGGCACCACACGACCCAGUCCCGGUGCACGCUGAUGGGCUGCCUCCUAGAUGCCGGCGUUUACAAGGACUCGGAGCUGUGGUUCUCCGAGAACCUGAAGGGCUUUGACGGGAGCCUAUUCCAGGUCCCCUGGGUGUACCGGAACGAGUUCAGCCUGCCGCCGGCCAAGGACGGGCAGCACUUCCUCCUCGAGACGAACGGCAUCACCUCCGAGGCCGACAUAUUCAUCAACGGGAACCAGAUUGCCAACUCGACGUUCCAGGCGGGCUCUUACGGCGGACACGUGUACGACAUUACCUGUGCCGCGGACGAGAAGAAUGCCAUCGUCGUCCAGGUUCAUCCCACAAACUAUGCCUACGACCUGGCCGUCGGUUUCGGCGACUGGAACCCCUACGCCCCCGACAACGGAACCGGUGUGUGGCGCGACAUCAAUGUGCGCCAGACUGGCGAUAUCUCCAUGGGCCCGCUCAGCGUGCUGAUCGACCUUCCCCUUCCCGCUGGCGAGAAGGACGCCACCGUCACUGUGCGCGCCGAGGCCAAGAACCGUGGCCGCUCCGACGUCAGCUUCCGUGCCAACGCCGCCAUCGCAGACCCGUCGGGCAAGGCCAUCUGCCACCUGUGGCAGGACCUGAAGCUGAAGGCUGGCGAAAGCCGCGUCGUCGAGUUUAAGCAGACCGUGGCCCAGCCGCAGAUCUGGUGGCCGCGCCAAUGGGGCGGGCAGCCGCUCUACACCGCCACCGUCGACUUUACCAUCAACGAGCAGCUCAGCGACAAGCGCGAGACGACGUUUGGUAUCCGCUCUGUCACCUCUGCCAUCAAUCAGUACAACGACACGAUGUUCACGGUGAACGGCAAGCCGUUCCAGGUCAUUGGUGCGGGAUACAACGCGGACCAGUUCCUGCGCUGGGACGGACGAUACUUUGCCGACAUUGUCGAGUACAUGUUUGACAUGGGGCUGAACACGAUCCGGCUCGAGGGCAAGAUGGAGCAGCCGGAGCUGUACGAGAUUGCGGACCGGGCGGGCCUCAUGGUCAUGGCGGGGUGGGAGUGCUGCGACAAGUGGGAGAGCUUUGAGUACAACCACGACCUGGCGCUGAACCCGCCCCCAGUCUGGGACGACAGGGAGUACGGCAUCGCGCGGUACAGCAUGGCGCACGAGGCACAGGUCAUGCAGCCGCACCCCUCGAUGCUGGCUUUCCUCAUUGGCAGCGACUAUUCCCCCGACGAGCGCGCGACCCGCGGCUACAUCGAGGCGCUGCAGCAGGCCGGGUGGCAGGUGCCCAUCAUUGGCGCGGCGUCCUUCCGCGAGCCCGCCGUUAUCAAGAGCGGCAUGAAGAUGCAGGGCCCCUAUGACUGGGUCCCACCCAACUACUGGCACGAUUUGCCCGACACGGCCUCCUUGCAAGACACGCGCUUCGGUACGUCGUUCGGCUUCGGCUCCGAGCUGGGUGCGGGCGUCGGCACGCCCGAGCUCGGCAGUCUGCGCAAGUUCCUCUCGGACAGCGACCUGGAUGAUCUGUGGAAGAAUCCAGACAAGGGGCUGUACCACAUGUCGAACGCGGACAGCCAGUUCCACGACCGCAAGGUCUACAACGCCGCCCUGUUUGCGCGGUAUGGCAAGCCCUCCUCUCUGGAGGACUACCUCAUGAAAGCGCAGUUGAGCGACUACGAGGCGACGCGCGCGCAGUACGAGGGCUUUGCGUCGCGCUGGAACGCCGAACGCCCGGCCACAGGCAUCAUCUACUGGAUGCUGAACAAUGCGUGGCCCGGCCUGCACUGGAACCAGUUUGACAAGUACCUCCGUGCGGCGGGCAGCUACUUUGGCACGAAGACGGGCGCGCGCCCCGAGCACGCCGCGUACGACUAUGUCUCCCGCGACGUGUGGCUCAUCAACCGCUCCCUCGACCGCGGUGGGAAGCGGACCGUCGAGAUCGAGGCGAACAAGGCGCGCACGAUCGGCAAGGUCGAGGGCCUGGACGAGGUCGACGGCGUCGUCCUCCUCCGCCUCCUGCUCAAGGACGGCGACGCCGUGUUCAGCCGCAACGUGUACUGGCUCGGCGCCUCGCUGGACGAGCUGGACUGGGAAGCGUCCGACUGGUGGUACACCCCCACGACCAAGUAUGCCGACUACACCGCGCUGUCCAGCCUCAAGCCCGCCGACGUCGCCACGACAGUAGUGAGGGGGAAGGACGGGUACCAGCUCACGCUGGAGAACAGGAGUGACGUGCCCGCGUUUUUCGUGUCUGUGAAUCUGAUCGACGCACAGGGGCACGACGUCAACCCCACCGUCUGGAGCGACAACUAUGUCACGCUCUGGCCGCACGAGAAGAUGGACUUGAUCGCACGGGUCAGGGGUGGGAACGCGGCAAAGGUCCAGGUCAAGGGGUAUAAUGUCGAGGCGGGCGAGGUGGCCCUGUAA